AUGAAGGCGAGCACCGCGGCCCUCACGGCCAUCACGGCAUCCUCCCGCCACAGCGAAUCCCGCGCAGAGCGCCGCGAGCGCAAGAACUCCCGCCGCGCCCUCCGCCGCGACUACCGCGAAGCCCGCAAGGAAGCCUUCAAGGCCACCCUCACAGACUUCUGGUCCCGCAUGUUCACCACCGCCGGCGGCAGCACGGCAGAAGACGAGGAGAAGCAGGCGUUCAUGAGCUCCUCCCACGGCCGCCCUUCCCUCUCGGAGAGCGAGAGGGACUUUGAGACGAUGGAGAGCAUGACGGAUGAGAUUACCGAGUUCCGCAACGCUGCUACUCUCGUAUCGGAGAUGGUCGCCGCUGAGGAGCGUAGGCAGAGGAUGAGGGAGCAGGAGCAGCAGCAGCAGCAGCAGAUGGCACAACAACAGCAACAGCAGAUGCCGUGCCAGCACCACCUCAUGCCCUCCCACUUCCAGCGCCCCGCCAUCAUCACCCCGCCCAGCCCGACCACAGCGUUCGCAGAGUACAUGGGCGACGACGUCCUGCCCGCCUACGACGAGCACGCCGCCCCCUCCGUGAUCGUCUCGGACGGGUUCAGCAGCUACACGCCCGGUUCGAGCGACUACACCCCCAGCGCGGGCUCGGAUACGGCGUCCAACAUUGAUGAUGUCCUGGGAGAGACCAAGAACUAG